CCGCCGCCCCCACGCUGAGAGGCGGGCGGGGGCGACUACGGGAGCCGGCGCGGCCCAGCAGCGGCGGCGGCAGCGUUUCCCGGCGUGCCCCGCGGCGGAUUGUACACAAUCAUCAUGGCCGCCGCCGCCGCCGCUGAUGGUGCCGAGGAGCCGGGCAUGGAGGCGGAGGCGCAGGAGCUGCCGCUGGGCUGCGGCGGAGGGGGCGGCUCGCCGGCCGCGGGGAGGUCCCCGGAGGGCGAGGAGCGGCGGGAGCCCCCGCGGGCGUCCGUCAGCAACGGCGGCGGCGAGGAGAGCGGCAGGGAGCUGGUGGAGCUGAAGGUGAUCUGGAACAAGAACAAGUACGACGUGAAGUUCUGCCUGGACAGCACGGGGGCCGAGCUGAAGCAGAAGAUCCACUCGCUCACAGGCCUCCCGCCGGCCAUGCAGAAGGUGAUGUUCAAGGGACUGCUGCCCGAGGAGAAAACCCUGCGGGAGAUCAAAGUCACAAAUGGAGCCAAAAUAAUGGUCGUGGGCUCUACCAUCAACGAUGUGCUAGCAGUAAAUACACCCAAAGAAGCUGCUCAGCAGGAGGUCAAGGCUGAGGAAAACAAAAAGGAGCCGCUUUGCAGACAAAAGCAACACAGAAAAGUGUUGGACAAAGGAAAACCCGACGAUGUGAUGCCGUCUGUCAAAGGCGUGCAGGAGCGGCUGCCCACGGUGCCGCUGUCCGGCAUGUACAACAAGUCAGGGGGCAAAGUCAGACUGACCUUCAAACUCGAGCAGGACCAGCUGUGGAUUGGUACAAAAGAGAGAACAGAAAAGUUACCCAUGGGGUCCAUUAAAAAUGUGGUGAGUGAACCUAUUGAAGGCCAUGAGGAUUAUCACAUGAUGGCAUUUCAGCUGGGCCCAACAGAAGCAUCUUACUACUGGGUCUAUUGGGUCCCAACUCAGUAUGUCGAUGCAAUCAAAGACACGGUGCUGGGGAAGUGGCAGUAUUUUUGAAAGCACGCUCACCUCUGGCACAGGAAAAUGACACAAAUCUAAGGACACUGCUGGGAGAGGCCUCCAACAUCCCUGGAUGUGACAGUCCUGGAACUUAUUAUUAAAACAUGCUAAACGAGGCAUGGAUGGAAGCCAGAGGUGAUGUUCUUUCACCAUUAGUUUACUUUUAACUUAAAGAUUUCACCAUCCCUUUUCUGCAGUCAGCUUCAACCAUAUUUAAAGCAAAUACAAUGGAAAUCAAUAAAUCUUAAUUCACAAAA